CCAGGCGAGUUCGGGUCCAGUCCAGUAGGUGGCGCUGCAGCGCCGAGAAUCCCGCCGCUCGAGCCGUCCAAGAUGGUCUAUAGUCAAGGAAGAGCAAGUGCCGGACUGGUUUCCUGCCUUCGCUUCCUUCAGCUCGUGCCGUGGCAGAUAGGGAUCGCGUCAGAGUGAGACCUCUUCCUCUCGUAGCUUCUCGUCACCACCAGUUUCCGCUUCCGAGGACUUCGGACUCUGUGGCAACAACAACCCGAACUCGGCCAAGUCACCCGUGGAGCCCGGAACCGUGGUCCAGGCGUCGCACUCUCCGACACUGUGCCGUGCGCGCUUCAGGGACUUUUGACAUUAGAGAAAGGUCACUAUAUAACGUGGCGCGUGUGUUGGAGGCCAGUAGGGCGAAGUCCAACAGCUUUUGUUGACGUUUUACAAGGAAGGACCAGCACAGAAAUGGGACUCCCCUGCUCUGACUCAUCAUGAGGGAGUGGUGGCUCCACGUGGCUCUGGUCUGCCUCCCCCUGCUGGCAGUCUUCCUGCACAUCCCUCCCCCGCAGCUCUCUCCGUCCCUCAGCAAGUGGCUGUCCGGCGGCGAGCACUUCCUGUUCCGGGGCAGGAGGAUCUUCUACAAAGACUCUGGUGGCUCGGUGGGCAGCUCGGAGGUGGUGCUCCUGCUCCAUGGCUUCCCCACCUCCAGCUACGACUGGCACAAGGUGUGGGAGCCUCUCAGGCUGCACUUCCAGCGGGUGGUGGCCCUGGACUUCCUGGGCUUCGGCUUCAGCGACAAGCCGAGGCCGCACCGCUACUCCAUCUUCGAGCAGGCAUCGCUGGUGGAGGCGCUGCUGAACCACCUGGGCCUGAGCCGCCAGCGGAUCAACGUGCUGUCACAUGACUACGGCGACACCGUGGCGCUGGAGCUGCUCUUCAGGAGCGAGCAGAACCGAAGUGGUCAUGUGAUCUUCAACAGCCUUUGUCUCUCCAACGGAGGAAUCUUCCCGGAGACCCACCAGCCCCGGCUGCUGCAGACGCUGCUGAAGGACUGGAGGCUCCUGGCCGCCGUGCUGAGCCGCCUCACCACCUACCGGCUCUUCCAGCGAGGGCUCGGCGAGGUGUUCGGCCCGUACACGCAGCCCAGCGACGGCGAGUUCUGGGACAUGUGGACCGCUCUGCGCUACAAUGACGGCAACCUGGUUCUGGACAGCGUCCUGCACUUCAUCGACCAGCGCCACCAGCACCGCGACCGAUGGGUGGACGCUCUGACCUCCACCAGCGUGCCACUGCACAUGAUCUACGGGCCCCUGGAUCCAGUCAACCCUCACCCCCACUUCAUCCGCCGCUACCUCCUGAUCUGGUCCGCUGGAAAUUCCGGUGCUGGAUCGACACAUUGCGCAUGUUUUACCUUCUGACGUUUGCUGGGAAGCGCACGCGUCCAUGGUUACAUCGCGCAAAGGUUUUUUUUACCUAUUAAUAUCGUGUUUUUACUUAAAAUAGUCUAGAUUUAGAAAUAGUUUUUUUUUAUCCCAACAAUACAAACAAACUCAGGCGCCGCACCAGGGUCCACAUCAACCUGGUUCAGGGCAGAAGCGCUCCUGUCGAAUCUGUGUGAGACGGCUGUUUCCUGCUCAAUAUUGAUCACGCAUCGGAAGCAAUCGGCAACACAACAAUUAUUUCAAAGAUAAAUCCCAGCUUUACGCGAUAUGACCAGUAAAGACACAUGCGUGUUGCUAACAUCCGGUUCCAGUCCCGGAACUUCCAGCGGACCGCCUCAGGUGGUGCCAACAGGAAACAGGCUCCUGUCCCGAGGGAACGCGUUUCCAAGCUCCGACCUGACGCCAGAGUGUCGCGGGCGGGCGGGCGAGCGUGUGGGGCCGCCGCUCGCCUGGCGAGGAGUGGCAGGUUGAGCUGCUGUGAAAGGUGGCUCCGCCCCCGGCCAGGGUGAGUCUGAGGCUUGUGUGGCUCCUGCAGGCAGCUGGUCCAGAGGUCAAGGGUCAGCGUCCUGGACGAGCACAUCAGCCACUACCCGCAGCUGGAGGACCCCAGCGGCUUCCUGGACGCCUACCUCUCCUUCAUCCACUCCUUCUGAAAGAGCCAUUAAAGACAUCCUCCACACGCAGCUGGCGCAGCAGACUUUAUUACAGGUGACAGGGUGAAAAGGUGGCGAGGCCUUCAGCCCACGGAGGCCAGGAUCACGUCCACCACCGUCUCGUCUCCGCUGCGCACCGUCACCUGCAUGGUGACGCCGUCCGCCAGCGCCAGACGGGCUCGCACCAGCGCGUCGUGGCCCCCGCGGAACACGCCUGCGGAGGAGGGACAGGUCAGUUCCCGGUGACGGCGCCGAGCGGGGCGGGGCGGGAGACUCACCGGCGAGGAGCAGCACGUGCGAGUUCUUGUUCUCGGGAACUUUGUCGGAGCGCUCGCAGGGCUGCAUUCCCAGGAAGGAGACGAUGUUCCCCACGGCCUCUGGAGGGCGAGGGAGCAGAGUCAGAGGCCGGGAAGCCCAGACCUGCACCUGUCACAGCGGCUCCUUACCGUCCAAGGUCCUGACGGACGCCAGGGCAAAGGUCUCUUCCUUCUCGUUCUCCUCGCCCACUUCCUCCCACGCGGCUCCAAAGUUGGGCUUCAGCACCUUCUGGAUGUGGUCGGCCACGGUCACCUCCAGGUCCUCGAGCUGAGACCACAGCACAUCAAGCGCUGCCCACCCGGACCACGACCUGGACCCGGACCCCGACCCUCUACCUACCACGUACUCGUCGUCGUAGCCGUCGUCGUCCGGCUCGCCCGUGUUGGGGUCGCAGUCCCUCACCAGGUACUUCAUGGUGCAGCUGAAGGUGCAGGACACUGGACACAAGGGGGCGGCGUGUUAGAGGGCGGCGAGGGAGGGGUCGCCCGCCGGAGCCCACCUGCCGCAGGGUCGUCGUCCGGCAGCCGCACCAGCGUGUAGCAGGAGCCCGGCUGGCUGUAGGGGAGGCUGGCGGCCGCCACGUGCUGGAUCACCUCGUAGGCUUCCGACGGCUCCAUCUGCACCACCACCUGCGCAGAGAGCGGCGUGAGGCAGCGCCCGAGGCGAAGGCCGGCGGAGGGCGCUACCUUCUGCAGCAGCUGGUCGUUGAGCGUGUUGGUGCAGUCGAACUGGAAGACCAUGUGGCGGGCGAAGGUGUGCUUGACGCAGCGCACCACGUACUCCGUCUCCGCCUCCGUCAGCUGCACCGGCUCCGACGACUUGAAGAGGGCGCCCAGCGCCUGGAACUCUGGGAUGGAGGCCAGUUGUUCUGGGGGGGGGCGGAGGCAGCGUGAGAGCCAGGACGUGGCGGCGCCCGCGGCUGGCCGGACACUCACCCUGGUAGAUGUCCUGGCGGGACGGCGCCAGCUUCUCCGGCAGCUUGCUGCUGGCCACGGGAGCCAUUUCUGCAGAGCGAAAGCUGCGGUCAGCCAUGGAGGGGAAAGAGCGUGGCGGCGGCGGCGGCGGCGCCCUCACCUGUCUUCUGCUCCGUGAUGGGAGCGGUGGCCAGCGGCACGCUCUUCAUGUCGAAGGGCUUCUCCGAGGGCUCCAGCGUGUACUGGUGCAGAGACUUCUCCAGGCCGGGCACCGACACCGACAGACCUGUGGGCGGGGCACGCAGCGCUUAGGAGCAGAGCGAGGAGCGGCGGCCAGGGCGGCGCUCACCGUUGAAGAUGUAGGCAGCGUUGAGAGCCUUCUGCUUCUGCUGGAGGACGUUCAUGUAGAAGGUGGCUCGGUCCCGGACCUCGUCGUCGCUGUCCAUCAUGCACCUGCAGCGGGAGCAGCCCAGGUCAGUCAUGCAGCGAGUGCGCACUGAAGCCCUCGCGAGCACCGAGAGGUGAGGCGUCAUGCCACAGGUGACCAGCAGGUGGCGCUGAGUGGACCGGUCUAAAACCGAGAGCGCCAUCUGGUGGCCUCUGAGCACACCUCGCUCGUCAGAGCUGAGCCGCAGCCACCACCACCACAGUAUUACUGUAGUUCUACAUAUGGAAACGUGAAGAACAAAGGUCAAUACCAUAACAUGUUUUGGAGUAUUUUGCCUGUAAGUGUCUAUGAAUAAAGUACAAGAAAAGGUGUA